AUGCCAGAAGGCGCUAAGUGCCGGUCAAGGACAACGGAUGUUGGAAUUUCAUAUCGAGAGUACUCUGUGGGCUUUUUAUCAGCAAAUGCAAAAUGUUGGUGGGCUGGGGCUCUCGCGGCCGCUACGGCGGAGCUCCGGUACGCCGGCUACGUGUCUCCUGGGGUGUUACUGGUGGCUGGUGCUCCCAGGGCCCUGGAGACCGUCAGAGGGGCUUACGCCAGGUCUGUGCUGAAGCCACCACCGACCUACCUUAUUUGUGGACUUGGUGACAUUGAAGACUGUAUAGUGACACCGGCGUACCAGGGCCAGUUCACCCCACUGCCUGAAGCGUUGUGUGACUGCAUCAUGGAUCUAACUUCACAGGGACAAUCAGCAACGCUGGAGGGCAUGAGAACGUCUUUAUCGGCAAAAUUUCCAUCGAUGCAGACCCCGUCACAAGAAGUGGUGUACGAUACCCUGGCCCAGCUGAUGCAGGACAGGAAAAUAUACCAAACCUCCAGAGGAUUCUUCAUAGUCACGCCUGAACGCCGUCGAUCACGUUCCCGCUCAUCAUCCCGGCUCCAGUCAAACGGUAUCGAAGAUGAGUGCCCGUCUCCUCGUACGAUCCUCAUGUCAGAUCAGGAGGCGCUACACCAACUCUACGGAGAGAUCACCACUCUAAGAGACGGUGCUGUGACCCACCAGUGCGUGCAAACCAACCUGGCUGAUGUUAUUUGUGGUGGUAACCCCAAUGACAAAAUUCUAUACGGCCGUCCAAACAAACGUCGAAGUGCUUCCUUUCCAGCCCCCAGGUCUUUGGAACGACGCAACUCGCUGAGGAUCUUCGGCUCUUCCAGCAAGUACCUGCAACGGUGCGCCUCGACAAGGAGCCUCCAUCACAAGAAUGCUAAUACCACCGAUAGUUCAUCGUCCACCGAUUACCCGCCGAGCGUCGAAUCUGCGUCGCCGAAAAAAGUGUCCCUGCUGUCCCGCUUAUUCAGACGAAGCGGCCGCAGCAAACAGACGCGCACGAUGAGCACUUUUUCUGCACAGUUCCCGCCCACUGAGUGGUUCAACUCCAAAGCGGUACACCUUCACUGUGUGGCAACGCAGACAAACUCAAAAGAGUCCCUACAAAGUCAAACAUCGUUCGUCUCAUCUUACUACGACGGUUCGGAGAUCAGUAAUCGGUCAUCGACGCUGCCACGUAGGCACAAGCGACACUUGUCCACCGAGUCAGGGCUGGCAGGCUCCGUUAACUACGAUCAUUCGCCCGUUAGGCACUCCAGUCCCAGUUCCGGCAGCUUACCACGAUCAACACUAAGCCGGAGUUCUACCCAUAAAACCAUAUUAGAUCAUUUCGGAUCACCACAAAGAAACAGCGACCCUAAACUGAGAGAUAGUCCAAGCGGCAGUCUAAGAAGGGUUGACUACUCAAACUCAGAUCACAUCAUGUCCACGAGUGGCCCAUCUAGCCUGGAAAGUACGACUCCACUGCGUACACCUCGUAAGGAUGCCAAAAACGGUCACUUAGACCAAAACUCCCCAAUGAAAAGGAGCUACAACACCAGUGGGAGUAGCGGUCACUCAAGUCUUGAGUCUCAUAUAUCAGACCGCACGUUAAAGCCUUCGCCUAGUCAUAGCAACUCGCACGGAGCACCCGGCCUUAGCAGAGCACAAUCACUUGUUAAAGUCCAAAGCCUACAAAGCUCACCAAAAAGCUUACACAAGUACAGAACGAAACCACCUCUUGUCGGUGGUGAAACGGUAAAAAACGGUAACACGUCACCCAAAACUUCGCCAAAAAACUGUCCAAGCACACCCAAAAAACCCGCAACCCCUCUGCAUAAAACCUUAGGGUCAAAGGUAGAAAACCCAUCAACGACGAUGUUGGCCAGUUCCAAUUCUAACAAUUCAAUCACACUAAAAGUUACCACAAAUACUAUGUCUCAAAACGGUGGUGGUACUAACACCAAAGUAUAUGUACAAAAUUCGCCAGUAAGAUCCGUUAUCACUUUUGAAAACGGUAAGGUCACUGAGACCACCAACGGGAGCAACAUUUAUAUCAUCAAUGAUGAUCGACAAGUCGUAUCUGUAUCUCAAAAUGGGGUUCAAAACAAAACUGCUAAAAAUCCCACUGAAACAUCAUUCGAUGUUUGUGUUGAAAAGAAUAAACAGAUGUAUCAAGAAGCAGAAUCGAUGAAAGUACAAGAAAAUAAGUUCAACAAAAAUUCAAUUAACGAUACGGGUAUGAAUAAUAAUCGUAAGCUUUCUUUACAAAUAGGUGGUGCAACUAACAAUAACAGUUUUGUAUAUAAAAAUCAAUUGAACAAUACAAACGAAGUUGCAUCAAAUCCCGCCUCUCCGGCAAUACAUAACAAUAUAAAUAAUUUGGAAACUACCGCAAACAGUAACCCUUCAACGCCAACUAAAAGUUACGAUAACAUUAUAGGAUCGUUGGGAAGCUUGAGGUAUCAGAAGAACUCCUUAUCGUCGGCCAACAGCGGUAUACAAACCAAUAUAAAUUCGAACAGCGAGCUGAAGAGCGUCGAUCUAUUGAAGAAGGCAGCCGCGCUACAAAUGCUGAAUGGGCUGCCGAGUGUAAACAACAGAGUCAGUUCGGACUCCAUAGCGAAUUUACUAACAAAAGCUAUCGACCAGAAACCAACAGUUCUGGGAUCCGAGCCGAACUUAGCUCUAAAGAACCAGGAACCCAUAAAAGACAAAAAUACGUCAUCUGAAAAGAUACAUUGUUUGGAGAACAAACAAAAGAGGUACAGCCUCAGUCAAGAAAGCAAGAAGGAGAAUCAGGAUUUCUACAAUUUUCCGAGCUUAAGCGAUUUGAGCUUUAAUUUUACGAGUUUAGCUGCGCAGAAGAUUUUAAAAGGUGUCAGUAUAAAUAGUGUAGACACCUUGGUGGAGCUAAAUAUGGCCGCCAACAAUUCAGAGAAGCAGAACAACCGCGAUGUCGCUGCCGUGUGCACGGACUUUGGCCUUGUAUAG